CGGCCGCGGAGCUGGACCCGCCCAUCGCUCCGCCCCCCGGGAGAGUCCGAGGCACCAUGGAGGAGUAUCACCGCCACUGCGAUGAGGUUGGUUUCAAUGCGGAUGAAGCCCACAAUAUUGUUAAAGAGUGUAUAGAUGGAGUUUUGGGUGGUGAAGAUUAUAAUUACAACAACAUCAACCAGUGGACUGCAAGCAUAGUGGAACAAUCCUUAGCACAUUUGGUUAAGUUGGGAAAAGCUUAUAAAUACAUUGUGACCUGUGCAGUGGUCCAGAGGAGUGCAUAUGGCUUUCACACAGCCAGCUCAUGCUUUUGGGAUACCACAUCUGAUGGAACCUGUACCGUAAGAUGGGAGAACCGAACCAUGAACUGUAUCGUCAAUGUUUUUGCCAUUGCUAUUGUCCUGUGACAGACUAAAAAUGUUUGGCCAAAGCAAUUAACUUAAGAAUUUGUCAGUGUAUCUUUUCUAAAAAGAGUUACUUAUUAAUAUGCUAGAUGACAAGUGUGCAAUAUGCUUCAAAGCUACCAACAAAAACUGGAUAUUAUAAGCAAGCAAUCUCAUACAUAGUAAGUUGGCAGAUAUGCUCAUAUUAUAUAUAUACAAAAUCAUUUCAAUAAAAAAUUUAAUAUUAGCAAAAAUCAUACAGAAACAUGGCAUGGCAUGAAAAUACAGCCUUAUAUUUACACCAGCUUUUCACUAACAUGUACCUAAGCAUAUAGGGAAAUCCAUUCAGACAAUAAAAUUCUCUUUCAGCUUCAAAGAAGUUAACAAGAAGAAAUAUAUGAACAAAAAUGCUGCAAGGAUAAAUCUGGAGAAAAUAAUAAUGAACUAACACUUCUUAAGUUUGUGUUUCUUAUCCUCAGUUGUACAUAUGAAAGUAAUUGUUCUUUUUUUCUCUUAACUAAUUUUGCAGUAGCAACUAGUAUUAACUUGUUUACAUUUUCUGAGAACUGUUAAAACAGUUUUUAAAAUUUCAAAAUCUUGGAUUUACAUUUGAGGGCGAAUUAAAUCUGGUAACCUUGAAUUCCCUUGUUAAACAAAAUGAGCUAUGGUGUAUGAUGAAAAGUAUCUGACUACUAACUGUCUUACAAUUCAUGCAUUCCAUGUGUAAUAGACACUGUUGAAUGCUUGUUAUGAAUAUAUUUCUCUGCUAGUCAUUAUAGUUAUCAAUCUGCUGUUCAAAUUCUAAGUUUCUUUUGGCACCUCUUCAGUUGGACUAUUAACAUUUAUGUUUGGGGAAGGAAAAAAGUCAUUUUACAAGAGAGGGAAAAGGUGAAUUUGGUUAUCCGUGUAGAAGUAAGCAAAGUGAAAAGCACUUAUUGCUGACAGCGAAUCAUAGCUAUAAUUUUAAGAAUUGCUCCUAGCAAGCAAAAAAUGCAUAAAAUAUGCAGCUCUUAGUUAAAGGCCUUAUUAGCAGCAUUAUUUUACAAGUAGUAAAUUUUAUCACUACUUUAGUUACAACUAUCUGUACAUAAUUUUAAAUACUUAUGUGGGGUUCAAAUUAAUUGGAAUGAAGUGUAAAAGUAUACAAUCAUUGGCAAGUUAUUGAAAAUCUCAGGGCUUAUGAAAUGUAAUUAAAUUGAUUUAAAAAGGUACACAGCUGGCCACUAAAUGCGAAGUCAAUCUGCUAUUUAACCUUGAAAACAAAAUCAAGUUUCCAUAUUACCACUAACACUAAUACAUAUAGGGAAUGGAACCAUGAUUCAUUGAAUUUGGAAGGAAAGAAUAGCUUGGUAUUAAUACUGACAAUAUUAAGAUAAUAUUCUUGUAGGAAUACUAUGUGCAUGUUUGAUAUUUUAAGUAACGAUAAUUCUUCAAUGUUUAAAAAGAAUAUUAAGAAAAUACAAGGGUAGAGUUCAAUGCACUGAUGUACAUUUUUGGCCCGUGGGAAAUUCUCAUAGUCAUUACCUUUAUAUUAGUUUACACUGCUGGCUUUUGUACCCUUGAAUAUUAUAUUAGUGACCAAAAUAUCUGUGCAGUUAAGACUCAUUUUGAUUAUUGCUAUUGAAGCCUGAUCUUAGAAGAGUAAUAAUCAAAAAUACCUCGUGAAUUUGCUAUCUGCUCUGUUUCUAGUUACAAUAUAAUAAAGAUUAUCUUCCUGUGCUGUA